AUGCUAGCAACUUCUACCUGUUUAUACUUGUUAGAUGCUACUUCUAAAUUUCCUAAUGGAAUACUGCAAGGAGGAUUCGCUGAUCUGGGAGCGUACGAUCAAUGUAUUGAUGUACUUCAUAUUAAAGAUUCUGGACAAACUAUAAAAGGAUGCAAAAUUGAUUUGGAUCAUUAUAUGAAAGAAUUAAGACAAUUAAAGACAUGGGCUGUCAUGAUGUUAGAUGCUACUUCUAAAUUUCCUAAUGGAAUACUGCAAGGAGGAUUCGCUGAUCUGGGAGCGUACGAUCAAUGUAUUGAUGUACUUCAUAUUAAAGAUUCUGGACAAACUAUAAAAGGUCAAUACUGUACAUUGCACAUUUAUCCUCCAUUACCUCCUAAACCACGAUUCUAUCCAAUCUAUCAACAUGUUAAAGAAUUAAGACAAUUUAUUGAUAAGGAAACAGUAAUAGGACACAUUUCUCAAAUGGCACAAUAUUUCUACAGUGAACCAUUUCGAUGGAGCAUUUGUUUACCAUCUACUUGUUUAAAACAAGACGUUCAACAAUUAGCCAAUACAAUUACGCCUUUUACCGAUUUAUAUCCAGAAGUAACUAAUUGCGAGAUUAAAGAAAUUUUUAAAUUAUCCACAGAUCAAAUCUGUGCAAUAUUUGUGCUUGGAGUGCUAUUUUUAGUUACCAUCAUCGGUUCGUGGUUGGACGUUCAUUUAACAAAGGAUAAUAAUGAAAUCAAGGCUUUAGGUACUUGGAAAGAUUCAAGAUUGAAAUAUGUACAAAUUAUUCGAUGUUUUUCGAUUAUAUCAAAUGGAAAGAAGAUUUUUAAUGUUUCUGAUUCUGAUGGAAUUCCCGUGUUGCAUGGCAUUCGUGUCUUCACAAUGUUAUGGAUAAUAUUAUGUCAUACGUACUUAUACAAUAAUUUAGGUUUAUAUGGUAAGUGUCUCAAUUGCAUCAAAUAA